AUGAUAAAAAUUUGCGUAUUUGUGACAGCAGUUGUCUGUGUUUCAUUACCACCUUCCAUACUUUCAGCACCAUGCAUCUUGGGUUCACUAUUUGCCCACGAAUCAGAUUGUACCAAAUUUUACCAAUGUACAAACUGGGGCCCGCAAGAAAUGCCUUGUGGUCGUGGAACCGUUUUCAAUCCUAAGGUUGGAGUAUGCGAUAUGCCACAACCCGGGCUUUGCGACAAACCAAAACCUCAAAAACAAGAACCAGAAGAAAAACCCCUGGAAGAACCAGCAGAAAAUCAAAAUACGGAAGAUCCCACUAAGGAAGAUCCCACUAAGGAAGAUCCCACUAAGGAAGAUCCCACUAAGGUAGAUCCCACUAAGGAAGAUCCCACUAAGGAAGAACCCACUAAGGAAGAUGCCACUAAGGAAGAUCCCACUAAGGAAGAUCCCACUAAGGAAGAUGCCACUAAGGGAGAUCCCACUAAGGAAGAUCCCACUAAGGAAGAUCCCACUAAGGAAGAUCCCACUAAAAAAGAUCCCACUAAAAAAGAUCCCACUAAGGAAGAUCCCACUAAGAAAGAUCCCACUAAGGAAGAUCCCACUAAGGAAGAUCCCACUACUGAAGAACCCACGACAGAAGAACCCAUUACGGAAGAAUCCGUAACGAAAAAAGAACCCAAAGGAUCAACAGAAUCAGAACCAAAACAACCCGAUGAAGCAAAGGUACCAAGUGUUAACAAUAACAAUAUUCUAGAAAUAGAGAUACUAAAAGAUUCACAAGAAAAUAAUAAGGAAGUAGAGGAACCAAAUGCUAGCAAUGAAAAUAAUCUGGAAGCAGAGGACACACAAGAUUCCCAAAAAAACGAUUGGAAAGUGGAGGAACCAAAUGAUAACAAUGAAAAUAAUCAGAAAACAAAGAAGCCAGAAGAUUCACAGGAAAAUUAUUGGGAAGUAAAAGAACCAAAUGGAAACGAUGAAAAUAAUCAGGAAACAGGGGAUCCACAAGAUUCAAAAGAAAAUUAUGAUGAAAAUAAUCAGAAAGCAGAUGAACCAAUAGAACCACAACCAGAAGAUUCACAAGAGAAUAAUAAGAAAGUAGAGGAAACAAAUUAUGACGAUGAACAUUAUCAAGAAACAGAGAACCCAAGUGAUUACGAUGAAAAUAAUCAGAAAGCAGAGGAAACGUUGGAUACACAAGAAAAUAAUCAGGAAGCAGAAGAACCACAAGAUUUACAGGAAAAUAAUGAGGAAGCAGAGAAAGAAGAGGAACCAAAUGAUAAUUAUAAAGAGGAUGCAGAAGAAUCAGAAAACUCACAAGAAAAUAAUAAGGAAGAUGAGGAACCAAAUUAUAUCGAUGAAAAUAAUGAAGAAGUAGAGGAAACAAAUUAUAUAAAUAACGCUAAAAAUUAUCAAGAAGAGGGACCAAGUGAUUACGAAAAAAAUAAUCAGGAAACGGAAGAACCACUAGAUAUACAGGAAAAUAAUAACGUCGCAGUGGAAUCAAAUGAUAAUUAUGAAAGUAACGAAGCAGAGGAAUCUAAUGAUAUUUAUGAAAAUAAUGAAGAAGUUUGGGAACCAAAUUAUUUACAAGAAGAUUAUAAAGAAGCAGAGGAACCAAUUGAUAACUAUGAAAAUAAUCAGGAAUCAGAAGAAUCACCAGCUUCAGAAGAAAAUUAUCAGGAAGCAGAAAAUCCACAAUAUAUACAGGAAUAUAAUAAGGACGCAGAGGAACCAAAUGAUAACUAUGAAAGUAAUGAGGAAGCAGAAGAACCAAAUGAUAAUUAUAAAAAUAAUGAAGAAGUAGAGGAACCAAAUUAUUCACAAGAAAAUUAUGAAGACGUAGAGGAACCAACUGAUAACGGUGAAAAUAUUCAAGAAGUAGAAGAAUCACUAGAUUCAGAAGAAAAUUAUCAGGAAGCAGAAGAACCCCAAUAUAUACAGGAAUAUAAUAAGGACGAAGAAGAACCAAAUGAUAACUAUGAAAGUAAUGAUGAACCAGAGGAACCAAAUGAUAAUUAUGAAAAUAAUGAAGAAGUAGGGGAACCAAAUUAUUCACAAGAAAAUUAUGAAGAAGUAGAGGAACCAAUUGAUAAUUAUAAAAAUAACGAAGAAGUAGAAGAACCAAAUUAUACGCAAGAAAAUUAUCAGGAAGCAGAAGAAGCACAAUAUAUACAGGAAUAUAAUAACGACGUAGUAGAGGAACCAAAUGAUAACUAUGAGAGUAAUGAGGACGCAGAGGAACCAAUUGAUAAUUAUAAAUAUAAUGAAGAAGUAGAGGAACCAAAUUAUUCACAAGAAAAUUAUAAGGAAGCAGAAGAAACACAAUAUAUACAGGAAUAUAAUAACGACGCAGUAGAGGAACCAAAUGAUAACCAUGAGAGUAAUGAGGAUGCAGAGGAACAAAUUAAUAAUUAUAAAUAUAAUGAAGAAGUAGAGGAACCAAAUUAUUCACAAGAAAAUUAUAAGGAAGCAGAAGAAGCACAAUAUAUACAGGAAUAUAAUAACGAAGCAGUAGAGGAACUAAAUGGUAACUAUGAAAGUAAUGAGGAAGCCGAGAAAGUAAAUUAUAAUUAUGAGAAUAAUGAAGAAAUAGAGGAACCAAAUUAUUCACAAGAAAAUUAUCAGGAAGCAGAAGAAGCACAAUAUAUACAGGAAUAUAAUAACGACGCAGUAGAGGAACCAAAUGAUAACUAUGAAAGUAAUAAAGAAUCAGAGGAAUCAAUUGACAACUAUAAUAAUAAUGAAGAAGUAGACGAACCAAAUUAUUCACAAGGAAAUUAUCAGGAAGCAGAAGAAGCACAAUAUAUACAGGAAUAUAAUAACGACGCAGUAGAUGAACCAAAUGAUAACUAUGAAAGUAAUGAGAAAGCAGAGGAACCAGUUGAUAAUUAUAAAAAUAAUGAAGAAGUAGAGGAACCAAAUUAUUCACAAAAAAAUUAUCAGGAAGCAGAAGAAGCACAAUAUAUACAGGAAUAUGAUAACGACGCAGUAGAGGAACCAAAUGAUAACUAUGAUAAUAAUGAGGAAGCAGAGGAAUCAAUUGAUAAUUAUAAUAAUAAUGAAGAAGUAGAGGAACCAAAUUAUUCACAAGAAAAUUAUCAGGAAGAAGAAGAAGCACAAUAUAUACAGGAAUAUAAUAACGACGCAGUAGAGGAAGCAAAUAAUAAAAAUGAAAGUAUUGAGGAAGCAGAGGAACGAUUUAAUAAUUAUAAAAAUAAUAAAGAAGUAGAGGAACCAAAUUAUCCGCAAGAAAAUUAUCAGGAAGCAGAAGAAGCACAAUAUAUACAGAAAUAUAAUAACGACGCAGUAGAUGAACCAAAUAAUAACUAUGAAAAUAAUGAAGAAGUAGAGAAACCAAAUUUUUCACAAGAAAAUUAUCAGGAAGCAGAGGAACCAAGUGAUUACGAUGAAUAUAAUCAGAAUGCAGAAGAAUCACUAGAUUCAGAAGAAUAUUAUCAGGAAGCAGAUGAUCCACAAUAUAUACAGGAAUAUAAUAAGGACGAAGAAGAACCAAAUGAUUACUAUAGAAGUAAUGAGGAAGCAGAGGAAUCAAAUGAUUAUUAUGAAAAUAAUGAAAAAAUAGAAGGACCAAAAGAUUCACAAGAAAAUUAUGAGGAAGCAGAGGAACCAAAUUAUUACGAUGAAAAUUAUCAAGAAGCAUCGGAAUGGCAAGAUGUUGAGGAAACAGGGGAACCAGGAGAUAACGAUGAAACUAAUCAGGAAGCAAGAGAAUUACAAGAAUUACGAGAAAAUAAUGAAGAACCAAGUAAUAACGAUGAAAAUAAUAUGGAAGUUUAUGAACCACGAGAAUUACCAGAAAAUAAUGAAGAAGUAGGGGAACCAAGUGAUUAUGAUGAAAAUAAUCAGGGAGCAGAGGAAUUUGAAGAAUUACAAGAAAAUAAUGAGGUAACAGAACCAAAAGAUUCACAAAAAGAAGAGGAACUAAGUAACAAGGAUGGAAACAACACCGAACCAAAGGAAGAAAAUAUGGACAGUAUAUGUUCAGCUUAUUCUACAGGAAUGGCCUACGUGGAACAUCCAACCAGCUGUCACCAAUUUAUACUUUGCAAUAAAGGAGUUGCUAAUCUGAUGGAGUGUCCUGUUGAUCAGAAUUACAGUCCUAGGACUAGAAGAUGUUCUACUACCAACCCUUGUAAUAAAAAUUGA